UCCAUCACUAGUCUUGGUUUAACGCGUGAACAGUCAUUGGCGAGGAACACAGGUGCUCUUGUCCAAAACUGGGCUUCGCGUGAAAAAUCGGACUUCGGAGAAAAGAAUUGUAGACGCCUUGCCAAAUGAACCAUCGCCUUUUGGAAGUGUUUUAUCUUUACGGGACUUUUUGGUUCUACAGUAUGUGUAAGGCUUGAGGAAGCGGUAUGAGGUCGAAUGGUACACAUGAGCUCUACUUGAAUACCCGUGUUUGGGCAUCGGCAGUUUCUUUCAUCAUUUUGGCUUUUUUCAACCUGGUUAUAAACUGGACCAUAGUGCGCGAGGAGCGCCUCCGGAGCCACGCGCGCUUCGUCCUCGUGUUCCAUUUGUUAUUCUCCGCGCUGGUGUACUUUGCAGUAUGUUUUACCUUCUACUUACAGAUCUACGUGGUUGCCGCAACACCUUUACCAAUCUGCAUGGUACUAAUAGGACUCCUAAUGACAAGCGGUUCCAAUAUCAUCCUCACCAUCACGGCUAUGGCCCUGGACCGUUAUUUCGCCAUCUGCCACCCACUUCAUUACAGCACAGUUUGUUUCAAACCAUGGCCGUGGUUAAUUGGGAUCUUAACUUGGGGAUUUGCGUCGAUCAUUCCUCUUAGCCUUACUCCCAAGAUGACAAAUAACUCAGUACCACAGUGUGGAAGGGAAGCACUGCGAGGCGGAGAGAUGCACAAGAUUAUUUUAAUAUCCGUUUGCACUUUUCUUAUUGUGUGCAGCUAUGUGCGGAUCUUAUAUGAGGGCCGACGUUUGGGUGUGCUGAAUCGGCGCAACCGAGCUGCGUGUAGGACCAUUGCUCUGCACGGCACGCAGCUCACAGUCUAUAUCCUCCCGAAUUUCAUACUCUAUUUGCUUCAUAUCCUUACAAUCAAAGGAAUAAUCGAGGGCGGCACAAAGGAGCUUUUUGCUGUCAUAAGUUUUGCCUUCUUCAGCUUGGCGCAGUGCGUCGCCCCGAUAGUGUAUGGACUGCGUAAAGAGGAACUUUUAGAACAUGUGUGUCAUCGGUUCCCGUGUUUGUCCGGCCGCUUGAAAAGUAUUUUGGAGUGGACUGUCAACAUGACCCAUCCCAAACGGUUUCGCCAGCAAAGGGAGAGGAGAAUGACUUCAGAGACUUUGCUAUCGAGGGAGAUCUCUCAGACGACUGUGUGACCAUCUUUGGAUAAACAAAACAGACCUGAUGUUAAUUUCUCCAAAUGGACUGGAAAAUGAGACAAUAACAUUAAAUCCAAUCUUUUCUUUUCUUUUCUUUAUCCAUUGGGUGUCUUAGAUGUCUGAAAUUCAGGUAUCACAUUGUCAACUAAGAAAACAAACUUAAAGGCUAUCAGAAAAGUGUGAUAGCCAAACUACUCUUAAAACAAUUAUUUAAUCAACUCAAGGUGACAGUUAAGCAGUUUCUGCAUCAGCAGCAGAACUAUAGAAGUGUUCUUGAAUCACUCUCGUAGAGUUGUCAGCUGUGAUAUCUGUAUUAACAGAAACGGUCAAUAGCAGGCCUAAAAAGAAAGUCAUAUUAUUAUAAUGUACACAAGAUAGCAAUUAUAAUAAUAAAAAAAACAACACUGGGAAAUGCGUGUAUUAAGUGAGUUAUCUUACCAUACUGUGAAAAUACCAGGGAUGAAGAAUAGGAGAUGUUUAUCUAUAAUAUAGCUUUAAUAAUUAUGCGGCAAUAUAGUAGCAAUUAUCUGGUAGACCUGAAUAAUGGUUUCUGAAAAAGCAGAACAAAUCUCCUCUCUAGGAUAUUUGUUUUAUAAUUCAUUAACUGAAUUAUUUAUGUAAUGUUAGGAUAAAGUUCAAGUUUAGUCAAACUGGCUGUUCAUAAAUAUAAGCUAAAGGCCAAGGCAAACAAAUAUAAAACUGUGACUGUGAAACAUAAUUAAAUAAUAACUAAUGUAAUAAGUCAAUGUAAAUAAUGUUUAUAUAAUUUUGAGAGUUUUAAAGCUUCUUUUUUGUGGCUAAAAUGUGCAAUUAUGCAGGAUAUGUCGAUAUUUUAUACAUUAUUUCUUUAACCACAGCAUCCUGAGCAAGACAAACUGUACAAUGUUUUUUAUAAGGCCACCGACAUUCAUUUACAGUUUCCUGUAAAAGGUAGCCUAACAUGAAUUGACAAAUUGCAUGCAGAAACUAAGAAACAAAAAAGUAUGAGUGUAUGUGGGAGAUCUGAGAUAUUGAUAAGCACCGCAACAGUACACUUACAAAGUCACAGUUUUGUGUGUGUUUGCUAUGCAAGUUCUUACAAGCUUUCUGGGAGAUGACAGACAAAAAUGGAAAUACAUAUACAGUAUAUUUAAGAUAAAUUGUUUUACAAAGUGUCCAAUGGCAGGACCAAAUGUAACAUCUGCUUGUGUAGUCAUACAUUAAUCUAAUUUCUAAAUCAGGGGGAAAGGGUGCAGUACUUUUGACAAGCAAUUAAUGUGGUAUUUGUAUGGACCUAUUUUGUAGGUUACGUCUUUUAAAAUAAAUAAAAACACUUUGUGUUAAUGUUCAGAACAUUUAGAAUGUUAUUUUAUGUCAGUUAUUUCAGUAAUGAGAACAAAGUUCUGGGUAACUCUGGAUACUGCAUGACAUUUCAUAUAAAACAAAUGUUAAGACAUGGGAACAGUUAAAGUUAAUGUUAAAUAUGUAAAAGCAUGUGACAAGGAGGAGGGCGAGGCCCUGAAGACACAAGGCUGGCCAUGAAUGGGUUAAUCAGCUGGGAGGGGGAUAAAGACGAGCUGGUAGUGAUGGGAAGAGCGGAUCAUUCUACUGACUUGAAUCUUUGAGUCUCGUUCAGCAAAAUGAACAAAUCUUUAUUCGAGUAAUUUCGUUCAUUUGAGCAUAAUUAAAUUAAAAUGUUACAUUUCAAUAGCCAAAUCCCCCCCAAACACAUCUACUUAUGCAAACUUUGAUUUUAGUCCUAAUUAAGAAAACAUUAUAAUGAAGCUGAGGACAAAUCAUGAGAAACAGAAAUGAUUAGUUCACCUUUGGAAUCUUCUUGUCCGAGUCAUUCCUUCUUUUGUCACGUGACAGCUGUAUGUGCAUAGUGUAUAUGACUGUCAUGUGACAAAAGAACAAACGACUCAGAACAGAAGACUCGAGAGGUGAACUAAUCAUUUCUGCUUCCUGUGUGAGAAAUGCAUAGCGUGUACACAGAGGUGGACAGUCACAAAAUACAUUUGCUUGAGUACUGUACUUACCGGUAAGUACACUUUUUGAAUAUCUGUACUUCACUUGAGUAUUCAUUUUUCUGGAAACAUGUGACUUUAACUUCACUACAUUUCUAUGAAGGUCCUCGAGUAUAAAAUACUAUGUAGCAGCUUUGAAAAAUCAUCAGUGGAUGAUUUUGUUUUCUUCUCUAAAACGUGAUUGUAUUUUUGCAGGUGACAGACAGCCCAUCAAUAAUCACCACUCUUGUAGGGUCACGUGUCGUGAAGUUAAAUGAUUUCCCAGCAUUUUUUGAACACUGAUCAGUUGGCAAAAUGAAAGAUGGCGGUUCCUCGGCACAGUGCACGCACCCAUGACCAUACAUAGAAAAUAUGUUCCAGUUUUCAAAAAGAUUUAUUUCGUUUUACAUGUUUGCUUUGUUUGCCUAUAACGAACCAUAUCACAGCCUUCAAAAACUCGCCAUCACACCUGCGGAAGCAUAGUGAGGUAUGCAAAUGUGGUAGGGUGGAGGGCGGGGCCGGGUCGUGAUCCUACACACCCGGUCCCGUAUUAGGCUAAUCAAGCCUUCGAGAGGGAUGAAGGUCGACUGCAGAGGAUCGUGCAGGAGAGAGAGAUCGUUUACGGAUAUUUUGGGGGGCACUACACUGUUACAGGAAGUACCCACCCAGUUUAAUUAUUUCUGUUUCCCUCCCCUUGUCCCCUCCCUCGUCCAGGUAGACAGGGAUGACCUGCCAGCAGAAGGGGCUUAGGGCACACCCUCCCCCAGGGAAAGAGGGGGGGGUGUACGUCAUGCUGGGGGCUCCCCAGCCUGAGAGAACGAGGGAGGAAUGUGGCAGGGCGGGGCCGGGUCGUGAUCCUACACACCCGGUCCCGUAUUAGGCUAAUCAAUACUUCGAGAGGGAUAAAGGUCGACUGCAGAGGAUCAUGCGGGAGAGAGAGAUAGUUUAUGGACAUGUCCGUCAUGUGUGUGUUUGCCCAGUUUAUUAUUAAAACUAUUAUUUCUAUUGUCAAGUCAGUUCUCACCGCCUCCUUUCCAUUGAUCGCUUUACAGUAAACUUUACAUUUCUUGUGAAAGCUUGAAAUUAUCUGUGUUUUAUUGCUAAAGUUUCAGUAUGAAGUAUGGUCGGUCAAAUAAUUUGUUUUAUAUAUUUGCCCUCCAAGUUGCCAUAGCCUUGUGGAUACACCGCUAACGCAUAGGUACGGUUCGACAAUGACGUCAGUUAGCAUUCAAAAGUGUGAAUUCAAACGUAAAUGAGCUUAAGAGUUAAAUAAGUUAAUAUCUUUUAACUUCUAAAGUUUUGCAUCAUCACUAUAGUUAUGUGUAGAGCUGCACGAUUAAAUCAUAAAAUGAUUGCGAUCUUGAUUCAAACACCCACAUGAUCUAUUUCCUAAAUGAUAAUGAUUCUCCUGUCUAUUAAACCUUUGACAAAAAUCAUCCGGAACAUUAAAAUCUGCUUCAUAAACAGUUUUCUCUAGACCUGGACGUGUUCAUGUCUGUAUUUACAGCAAUUUCACUGUCACUGUGGAUGAAUGUAUACACAUAGAUGUGUGCGCACUGCCAGAGCUGUGUGAGAACACUACAUGCUGCUUUUGUGGGGGUGGGUAGGAGUGUUAAAUAAAAAAUUAAUUUGAUUCAUUUCUAUAGGUUUUGUAACAUUCU